AUGACAACUUCUUCGUCUGUCGUCAUUUCUUUGGCUCUUGUUUCAUUCCUCUGUCAUCUUGUCAUUCUCACCGCUGAAAUUCACGAAUGUUUCACUGACAAUGGUUACUACUCAAAGACAUCUCCCUACCGCACGAACCUCAAUGUCCUUCUUUCUAAUCUCACUUCGGCCACAGACGACGUCGAUGACUUUAGUUUCUACAAUGCUUCUCAGGGCAAAGAUCCCUACACGGUUCAUGCACUUGGGUACUGCAGAGGAGAUGUGAAUCCAGAUUCUUGCCAGAGUUGCCUCAACAAUGCCGCGAAGCUUCUCCCAAAUCUAUGUCUAAACCAGAGGAAGGCAGUUUUGUACGAUGAACUUUGCAUUUUACGAUAUUCAAGUCAUUCAAUGGUUGGGAUAUACGAGAAUCCUGAGUUCUCCUUCUGCAUGGCGAACCCAAAUAAUGACCCGGAUCCAGACAUGUACCACGGUCCGCUUGAUGGUUUUUUGAAAAGUCUAGGAAACACUACUUCAGCUGUUGAGUCUCAGCGUAAGUACGCUGCGGGAAACAUGAGAACUCGACUUUCAACUAUUUAUGGUCUUGCUCAGUGCACGCCAUAUUUGUCCAGACAAGAUUGCACAGACUGCUUGUCGAAAGCUGUGUCGGAAAUCCCAGAUUGUUCGGAGAACAAGACUGGUGGAAGGAUUAUCAAACUGAGCUGCUUUCUUAGAUAUGAACAUUACGCCUUCUAUGAUAGUUAG